AUGGCCACCUCAGGCUAUGUUGGCGAGAUCCAGCCAGCAGCCCCAUCUCAAGGAACUGUUGUCACAUCUGGACAGCCUGAUGCCAGCUCCACUCCUGCAACUGCAUCUCAGUUCCUGUCUGAAAUUCAAACCGCUGUGGUCACCCCUACUGUUGUCACUCCAACAGCUCAAACUGCACCCACUGAACAGGCCACUUCAAUCAGUACCCAAAAGCCCAGUGCUGGCAGUCAAACCCAAUCAACAGCUCAGACUCAGCCCGCACAGACACAUUAUGUGACAGCAGAAAUACAAGGCUCCCCCACACAGUCUGGAAAUGGCCAAACUGCUCCACAGUAUAUAGUUGUUACAGUUACAGAGGGUUCCCUUCACUCAAGCGACAGUGUCUCAGACUCCAGUUCCCCUCCAGCUGUUGUCCCGACAGGUGUACCCACGCAGGUUGUUCAACAGGUUCAAACAGCCCAACAGAGGUCUGUGGUCCAGGCCACCUCUCAAAUAGCCAAGACUGAGCCUGGCUCACAGCUCAGUGUUGCCGGUCUACAGCCAGUUCAUAUAACCCCAGAGCAACAACAGCUCACACCAGUCCAGGUUCAACAUGUGUACACCAAUCAAGUGCAGUAUGUGGAAGGAGGAGAUACCAACUACACCACCAGCACUAUUCGUUCCGGCACUUUCCCUUAUAGUGACACAGCCCUGUACACUCAGUCCACUGCUGGCCAGUACUAUGAAGGUCAGCCAACCUCAGGCACGCAGGCCUCCACCCCUGGCACACCUCUAACUGUCUCUGUGACCACUGGCACAACAGGCGCCGUGUCCAUGUUUGUGGCUCAGCCUAGCAGUGCAACAGGGGGAGGGGCCACAGUGGUAUCCACAGGUGGUACCACAAAUGGGUCAGGGGAUGGGGCAGGAACUAAUGGUGGUGGCGCAGGAAGUUAUGUGAUCCAGGGGGGUUACAUGUUGGGCAGCAGCAGCAGCAGCAGUAGCAGCGGCGGGUCAGCUGGCAACAGUCAGAGCUACUCCCACACAGCCCGCGCCUCCCCAGCCACUGUGAGUAUAACAGAGGGCGAGGAGAGUAGCGUGCCGUCGGCAGACAAGAAGUCUCCUACUUUUCCCUUGCCUGCCGGUCAGGUACAGUGGUUGCUGGACAACUAUGAGACUGCUGAGGGAGUCAGUCUGCCACGCUCAACCCUGUACUGCCAUUACCUGCUGCAUUGCCAAGAGCAGAAGCUGGAGCCUGUUAAUGCUGCCUCUUUCGGGAAACUCAUUCGAUCUGUUUUCAUGGGAUUGCGUACACGACGCCUUGGUACACGGGGCAAUUCUAAAUACCACUAUUAUGGCCUGAGAAUCAAGGCAGGUUCUUCUCUUCUCCGCCUAAUGGAAGAUCAGCAACAUUUGGCUAUGAGGCAACAGCCCUUUUCUCAAAAACAGAGGUUGAAGCCUGUGCAUAAAGUGGAGGGAAUGACCAAUGGGACAGCUUCAGGAGCAGGACAGCAGCAACUUCAACAGCAGGGUUCUGGACAGGUGGACAUCAGCACCCAGGUUCAGCAGUACCAGCAGUUCCUUGAUGCAACUAGAACACUGCCAGAGUUUCCAGAUAUUGACCUCCAAGGGAAGCCGCUACCCGAGGGUAUUGAACUGGAUCACAUAAAGAGUUUUCAACUACUCUACAGAGAACACUGUGAGGCCAUACUAGACGUGAUGGUCAAUCUUCAAUUUACCUUAGUCGAGACCUUGUGGAAAAGCUUCUGGAGGUUCAGUCAGAGUCAGGCUGGAGAUGCCACAUUGGCUGUUCAUGACGAAUCUGAAAAGCGUCUCCCAAAGUCCUGCCUGGUGCUGCUGUGCAAGUAUGACCCAGUGCUGCGCUGGAGCCGUGACUGUGACAACAGCUUAUAUCAGGGCCUGGUGGAAAUCCUUAUCCCUGAUGUUCUCAGGCCAAUCCCCAGUGCCUUAACUCAAGCAAUUCGGAACUUUGCCAAAAGCCUGGAGAGCUGGUUGACCAACGCAAUGAUGAAUAUCCCUGAGGAAAUGGUUCGCGUCAAGGUGACAUCAGCCAGUGCAUUUGCCCAGACACUGCGGCGCUACACCAGUCUCAACCAUCUGGCCCAGGCGGCUCGUGCAGUCCUCCAGAACACUGCCCAGAUCAACCAAAUGCUCUCUGACCUCAACCGUGUUGACUUUGCUAAUGUUCAGGAGCAGGCCUCAUGGGUAUGUCGCUGUGAAGACCGCGUUGUCCAAAGACUAGAGCAGGACUUUAAGCUGACCCUCCAGCAACAGAACUCAUUGGAGCAAUGGGCUGCUUGGCUGGAUGGUGUGGUUUCUCAGGUGUUAAAACCCCACCAACACAGCCCUACCUUUCCUAAGGCUGCCAAGCUGUUCCUGCUCAAGUGGUCCUUUUACAGCUCCAUGGUGAUUCGGGAUCUAACUCUGCGCAGUGCUGCCAGUUUUGGCUCCUUUCACUUGAUCCGCCUUCUGUAUGACGAGUACAUGUACUACCUGAUAGAGCAUAGAGUAGCCCAGGCUAAAGGAGAGACCCCCAUUGCCGUGAUGGGAGAGUUUGCCAGUUUAGGACGAGGACUAAACAUACUGGAUGGUGACAAAGAAGAAGAAGAGGAGGAAGAGGAGGAAAGUGAUGAGGAAGGUCAGGAGCUGUCCCUGCCGUCAGACGCUGUAGUGUUAGGAGACGAGUCCCUGGAGCCUCCUGCCAAGCUGGCCAGAACAGACCAGAGGGUCCUCUUCACUACAGGGCCAGCUGACCACUAA